AUGUCGGGCUCCAAGCGGCCUCUGGGGGACAUGAAGAAGAAGGGGAGCAUCCGCUGGGAUGAGGAGAAUCUGGAGGAGAACGAGCGCAUCAAGAAGGAGCUCAACCCACGCAAGAUAGAUGAGCCCAAGACGCCUUACCUCUCACCCAUGGACACUGAUGAAGAGGGAGACUUGGGCACCCGCCUGAGGCCGCUGUCGCUCGACGAUGCCGCCACCGCGGCUGCGGCGGCGGCCUCCGCAGCGGCAGCAGAGGCCGCGGGGGCCUCCGCCUCUGCAGGCACCACCUCGGAUGAGGCGGGCCCCUCGCGCUCGGGGCGCGGCAGGGGCAGGCACGUGCGCAUCGGCGGCCGCGGCUGGUCGGACAGCGACCGAACGGUGAGCCCCAGCCCGCGCCACCCGGACGGCGGCAGCCCCUCCAAGGCGGCCAGGAGCCCUCGCUUCUCAGACCAGUACUACGACGGACUGCAUGAGCAUGAUGAUGAGGACGAGGAUGAGGCGGCGGCGGCGGACCCGCUGCGGCAGGAGAAGCGGCGGCGGUUCAAGGAGGCGCGCAAGCAGCACUACAACAUGCGCGAGCAGCUGCAGAGAGCGCGGGAGCUGAUGCAGAGUGUGGAGGAUGGGGAGCCUGAGGACGUGGCGGCAGCAGCGCAGCAGGGCCAGCAGCAGGUGCAGCAGGCGGCGGCGGUAGGGCACCAACAGCAGCAGCAGGAGCAGCAACAGCAGCGCCUGCCCAACGGGCUGUCUGCCGCGGGGGCAGAGAUGGAGGGGGAGCACCUGGAUGCAGAUGUGGAAAGCGAGCAUGAGGGCUCACAGCGGGGGCGCAGCGCUGCAGGCGGGAGAGGCGGCCGAGGGCCGGCGGCAGCAGCGGCGCCGCCAGACCGCGCCGCCAUGUCCGACGACUGA